AUAAAUAAUGUCAGAAGUGUGUGUGUGUGUGUGUGUAAGAGAGAGAGUUCAAAUUAUAUAACUCGAAAGAAGAAACCUUUACAAAGUUAAGUCGAGCUUCGACAGCCUUUGUUUUUUGCUUUUUGCUUUGUUUUGUGUUGUUUCUAUCUAAGAAGUUUCGUGAGCGAGACAUAAAAACAAGGAGAAUUAUCGGGACGAGAAACAGCAGGGCGGUGCGGCGGUAGGCAACCGCGACUGCUGCAACAUCACCGCAAACGACGGCCUCCACGCGACACAUCAUUGCUAUCACACCAAAACCGUAACAGCAAUUUAAACUAAAAAAAAGACUCCAAAAAAAACACACUAAAAAUCUUUUGUGGUCACAAAGGAUAGGAGAAGGGUUUCCUUGCCAUUUUCUCGUCUUGUCCACCAGAAGACAGUUGGUGGUGAUGAUGGUGAUGGUGGCGGUGUUGGGGGAGAACUGGGAGGGCGAGUCGGCGCACACGGUAAUUCUUGUAAAGCGUUAAAGGACAACGACGUGAAGAACGAUGCAGAACACAGGGUUGUGCUCUCAUGCACGCGCGCGACCAGGAGGGUGGCAGGGCGGGUCGCAAGAAGACCUUGGACAGGCGCGGCCAAGAGAAAGCUUCAAUAAUAAGCAAAAAAAAAAACCUCCGCCGCGAGAGGCACCGGCUGAAGGUGUCGCGUUCAUCAGAUAAGCAGUGCUUGGCGACAGUUAAGCCCUUAAAACGCUUCCAAACGACUCGGGCGAUCGGCAGUCACGCGCCUCUGUUUACCGCCGGCCACGCGCCGCAGUCGGGCGACCUGCACGCGCUCUGGACGCUCGCAAACGCGUGUACUACAUCCGCUCGUCCCGCUCGGAUGCCGGUUUUUAAUUUGGCGGGCGGAGUCCACAAAGUAAGACGAGAGAGAGAGAAAAAGAAAAGAAAAAAAAAGAGGAGGAGGAUUCGAAAGGAGGACGAGGGUUGGGGAAGUAGUGGAAGAAGAAGGAGGGAGAGGGAGGGAGCGAGCAAAGAUGGACGACAACAAACUUGCAAGCACAAGACGGCAACAAGAAGUUGAGGGGCGUCCUCACUGAUAGAAACGCGACGAUCGUCUGCUAGGCUGUCGUCUUGCGGGGCUUCAUGCACGGCCUUCCAUCACCGCGCGCGUGCCGCUUAUGCUAGCGCCGCUUCCACGCGCUCCUGUGGCUUCCGACGGCGCGAGGACCAGUCAACACGCAUCUCUACUGCUUCAGCGCUCAAUCCACCAGCACCAGCCUGAAAUGAAGUUCUUGAUGACGGAUAAUCUUACGUGGUCACUGCCAAGUACGCACGGGGCGAGCGUUGGAGAGCAAGGGAGGGAGGGCACAGCAGAAGACAGCACAGAGGAGGGAGAGAGAAAAAAAGAGAGGAUGAAAGAAUCCGUACAAGGUUUGAAGAAAGAGAUUGUGCCGGUAGCGCCAGUACCGGUGGCUUGAUUUAAAGUCGCGAGUUGGCUAGAAUUUCCUCUUCAUCAUCUGGACUCCCUGCUGAGGUGGUGUAUUUAAACUUUGGUGCGGCGCGAGGCAAAAUGACAUCCAGUCUUAUGAUCACGGGGACCGGCCGUCUAGUCGCUCGGACGGUUGCAGGAUGGACAACUCCUACGCGCUGAACAGCCCCGAAGGUUCCCCAGAGGACGUGUGGCGCCACGGGGGUAGUCCGACCAGCGGCGGUCAUCGUGACUUGGAACUAUCCAACGUUCCCUGGGGCAGGAAGUGGAGCGGAGUCGCCUCUCUGUGGAACCGACGCGGCCAUGAGCGGUCUGGCCUUCCCACCGCUGGAGUUCGACUCCCUGCCCAGCGCCCUGUCGCUGUCCUGUCCUCCGUCUUACAGGGAUUACCCGCUGUUCAAAGCUGAGAAAUCGCCCCACGACAUCGCUGAUGCCCUGCUGUCGCUGAAGCACGCUGUCGUCCACCCUCAGUUCGGAGGUCCUCUCUCCCCCCUCUCGCCUCCCCCCAUGCCGCACCUGGGUCACGGCCAUUGCCCACCCGGCCAAGGUUUGUCGCCCUACCCCGCCCUCCCUUCCCCGGGGCCGCACGGGGCGCAGGGUAUUUCAGGGCCCUACGGCUCGGCCCACGGCCAGUCCAUGCUUCACAACGCCUACAGUGUCGGGGUGGAGUCGGAGUGGGCUCUCAGCUGCCCCACCAGUACGCCCACCAAUACCCCGAGUCUUGCCCUAGCCCCGCGGUGCAGGUUCCUCCCUCGCAUCCUCCCCCUCCGUCUCACCACCCCGCGCAAGCCAGCAUGCCUUUCCCGGCCAUGAGCGUCAACGUGUCCAUGAGCAUGAACGUUGGGGUGCCACCCAACCUCGGUGGGGCCACCUACAACUGCGGCCCACCCCACCCCCAGCAGUGGCCACCACCACCCUUGCAGGCGCCGCCCCCGUCCCCUCCGCCGCCGCUGGGCUCGCAGUACCACCACCACCAUCAUCAUCACCACCAAGUGCCCACCGGCAACCUCCACUCCAACUGGCUGCAGUCGGCGAGCGGCCAGUACCCGGGGUACUCGCCCUCGCAGCUGAGCGGUGGCCAGACCCACCCACACGUCAUGCCUUCAUACACCUCGGCCUCGUACACCUUCGGCUCGGAUUUCCGCUCGCCCAUGGCAACCGAGGCGCGGAGCUUCUAUUACCACAAACCUGCAAGCGCUGCCUGCACCGGAGCUGUGGACUCCUUCAAGGACUCGACUCGCUACUGCCCGAUGCGGCAUCCACACCCUCACCUGCACGGCCACAACCACGGGGCGGCCACCGUGGGGCUCAACAAGCGCUCCAAGUUCCUGUCAGACAAGGUGGCCAUGGCCGCCGCUGCCGCAGCCGCCGUUUCCGUUUCCGGCGGAGGAGCCUCUGCUGCUGGUAUGAUGAUGGGAGUAGGGGUGGGGGAGGGAGGGACGGUUGGCCAUCACGCGCACGGGCAUCACCAUCAUCAUCAUCACCACCAUCACCAGGGGCUUCUGAAGACCAACCUAUGCCGUAUCUGCGGCAAGACUUACGCCAGGCCCUCCACGCUCAAGACGCACCUGCGCACGCACUCGGGCGAGAAGCCCUACAAGUGCAGCACGUGCAGCAAGUCCUUCUCGCAGGCGGCUAACCUCACGGCGCACAUCCGCACUCACUCGGGGGAGAAGCCGUUCCGCUGCCCCGUGUGUGACCGUCGCUUCUCGCAGAGCUCUUCCGUCACCACCCACAUGCGCACGCACUCCGGCGACCGGCCCUACCGCUGCCGCCUGUGCAAGAAGGCCUUCUCCGACAGCUCCACACUCACCAAGCAUUUACGCAUCCACAGCGGCGAGAAACCGUAUCAGUGCAAGCUGUGCCUGCUUCGCUUCUCGCAGUCCGGCAACCUCAACCGCCACAUGCGGGUGCACGCCAACCAGACCUAGCGUCCUCCACGUCAAGUGACCGCCACGACCUGCACCCGAGCGUGCUCCUUUGGUGUUUUUGCAUAUCAAUGAAACCUCGCCCUCCUUGCCCUUGCAAACAGAACGAAAAAAAUUGACAACGGGGCAUUUUUUUUGUGUGUGAAAAAUUUCUUUCUGAUGUUUGGAUGGACAUUUAUUUCAUCGGUUCACCCGCUAACAUUCCUGACUUUUUCUUUGGAGCAGAUGUCCCAGAUCAUGUCUUCCUGUUCUGUCUUCGACGUCCAGGUCACGGGCACAACAGUGGGAUUCAUGGAGCCACACGUAAAGCUGAUGUGUGUGGGAUUGAAAAUUAAAUUGAAAAUUAAAUCUUGAAAAAACACACCAGAUGAAUUUAUUAACAUCACUCAACAUAACCAUCUGAUGUUUCAAGAAGCGACUGUGUGUGAGAGAGAGAAACGAUUGCGACUAUUGCUAUCUACGUGCGUGCUAGUGAGCCUUCAUCCGGUGGUUGGCAAAGGCGCUCUAUACAUCCUCCUCCUCAUCAUCAUCUCAAUCAAUCAAUCAAUCAAUCACCAUCAAUCACUCCAUCAUCAUCAUCAUCGUCUUCGUCGACACAAAUGAUGAAUGUUCGUAUGAUUGCGCAACUGAAUAUUGUGUAUUACCAUUUUUAUAAUUGUCGUGUCUAGUCGUCCGAUUAAAGAAUGAAAAUGCUAUGCUACCAGAAAGAAGAACAAAUAAAGCGCCAACUUCUAUUUUACGGAGUCUUUUGUCUUCAACGAUGUUUGUACCAUGAUGCCAUUUACGUACUGUGAAUUCACAAUAACACUGACUGCAGUACGAGUGAGAGAAAACAACCCCACAGAUGACCAAAUAGAACGACAGAGAUAACGUUGACUCUAGUUUCUUAAACUGUAGAUAAAAAGAUAUUUAUGACUUGAAUGCGAGAUGGAUAAUCUCAGCCAGUAAUUUGUUUCUGUUCUGAGAAGGUAUCUACACGCCCAGAAAAACGCGUUAGUGUUAAAAUUCAUUUCUUUCAAUAUUUAAUAAUGCAGGUACAUGUGUUGAGUGUAUAUGCAUAGCAGAGUCCAGUAUCAAGCGCUAUCUUUACAGAGGAAGUAGCAGCAGCAGUAGUAGUAGAGUAAGGACGUUUAACGACUUAAAAGAAAGGUGUUAUUUCAUUGUGAAAUCCUGCAACUUUGUAUUCACAUGCACGAACAUUUCCAAUACAUCUUAAUAUAGAAAUAUUUCGCCAACGAGUUAUUUUACAAAUGAAACUAAUUUUUUCCGCAAAUAUUUUCUGAAAAAUCACUUCGCAUGACAGUGGCCAACGUUCCGGAUUGCGCCAAGCCCAGUAACUCAUUCACCCUGAUUUUUCCUAAUUUUAUUUCAAAU